AUGGUUAAGCAUUUUAUAUCUCAAUAUCACUUAUCUUUUAUUGCUUUACUAGAAACUAAAAUUAGUGAUAGAAAGUUGGCAAUUGUUGUCAAGAAAAUUGCAAGCAACUGGAAUUGUUUCUCAAAUACUAGUUAUGCUGGGAAAAUCGGAAUCAUGAUCCUGUGGGAUCCAAAUAUUCUGGACAUUAAUAUUGUGAACUCUUCUGCUCAGCAAAUCACUUUUAUAGACAAUGAAGAGAAACUGGGAGGUUCUUUGCUUACUGAUACUGAUUUUAAGGACUUCAGAGAUUUUAUUCAAGACAGUCUGUUAAAUCACCUAAAAUCUAUUGGAUGUUUCUACACUUGGAAUAAUAAGCAAAAUGCUAUCUCUAAGAUAUGGUGCAGACUUGACAGAGCUCUAGUAAAUGAUACUUGGUUGCAUAAUUUCAACUCAAGCCAGGUUGAAUUUCUUCCUCCUAACCCAUCUGAUCAUUCUCCUGCUUUGAUUUCUAUUCUUGAAGAUGAAAUUCAAGGGUUUAAAAUGUAUUCAAUUUAUACAAAAUUAAAGAAUCUGAGAGGUGUUCUUAAAGACAUGAACAAUAGGCAUUUCUACAACAUCAGUGAACAGGUCUUGAGAGCUAAGAAAAAGUUGGAAGAAGUUCAGCAAUGCCUUCAGCUUAAUCCAUUUAUGCAGUCUUUAAUCAUCAAGGAAAGGGAUUGUUUAACAUCUUACAAUAGGUUGCUUGAAUGUGAGAUGUCUUUCUUACAUCAAAAAGCCAGAAUUGACUAG